GUCCAGAUCAAUGAAAUGGGCAGGGAUUCCUCAAGGCCGUCGCCUUCGCAUGUUGACCUAAAUGCGCUGUUUUGCAUAACACUCCUGAAACGGGGAAGGCUUAUAAAAAGCAGGGACACAUUGACGAUCCAAGGCACACUAUUUUUUUUUCUCCUAAGAGACGGAAAAGAGGCACAAAAAGCCAAGAUGAGACUGUAUCUUGCAGCUGCUGUUCUGUUGCUGGCUUUUGUCGCAUACACAGAGGCUCAGGAUGACUCAAUCACAGACAAGUUCUCCAACUUUGGGGAUCAGAUCACAGAGUUUGGCAAGAAUGUGGCUGAAAAGGCCAAGACCCACUUUGACACCAUUAGCAACAGCGAGUUUGCAGCGAACACCAGGAACUGGUUCACUGAACAGAUUGAGAGGCUCAAGACCAAGAUAGAUGAAAUCUCCCAGUAAACUGGUGGUCCGGUCAACGACCUGACCCCCGGACCCCAACGCCCACGCUGGCAGCUGACCCGCUUCAACACCAUCUGAAGGCUGAAGUCACGUUGCUCAACAAAAUGGCCAAAGCUAACCUCUUCUGUCAACUUUGUUGCCUGUAAUCUUUUUGUGAAAAACUGUGCAUAGGUGCAAUAAAACACAGAAUAAAAUAUUAUGUUUUACUGUCAA